AUGGCGAAAAACGGAGAUGAUUUGCAGGUGCAAUAUAAUUGUGUAUUAUGUGACAACUCCGACGAACAUGACGACAUGGUAGCUUGCGAUUCUUGCCAGAUGUGGCAUCACUACUCCUGUGUGAACGUAAGUGCCAGUGUUCGGGAUCGGGAAUGGUAUUGUCCCACUUGCGAACCUCUGUACACGGAUGGAAUAAAUGUGGUGGAGCAGAAUAAGAACAAUCCCAGUCAUUCUAAUCCAAUACCAUCCGACGGCGCCGUUCUUGACGUCCCGAAAAAGACGGCGGCGAAAUCUUCGGCCGGUACUAAGAACACCCGUAAAUCGAGGAAAGUGAUUGUCGAAAGCAUAACGUCUAGUGCACGGGCUCGCUUGGAACUAGAGUUAAACGUCGUCGACGAACAGCGACGUUUACGUGAAGAAGAGCUAGCAGAGGAGAAGAAAAUGAAAGAUCGUCAACGAAAAUUAGAGGAGGAAUUGCGGGAGCAGGAGCUGGCCGUCGAAGCGAGACGGAUCGCAGAGGCAAAAAGGGCAUUGGAGCAGAACAUGGCUGACGAACGAGAAUACCGAAAACAGCAGACGGCUAUUCGGAAGCAAUCGGCGGACGAGAAAGCGAAGCUUAUUCGGCAGGCUUCUGAGUACAGUAGCAGUUACGGCAGUAGAGUCAACGUCGGUGUUGGUGACACCGAUCCUGGGGAAAAAGUGAAAGACUGGCUGGAGCAAACAAACCAGCAGACAGAGGGAACAAAAAAGACUUCCACGUCAGCAGUUAGGCCCAGUUCAUGUCAGAAACAGGUAUUACCCGAUAAGUUCAAUACUAACAAAAACCCACCCGCAAGAAAGAUAAAUGAAGCUUUAGCAAUCUCGCCCCCUAACUGUACUGUCCCUCAACAAAAAGUUCAAUGCAAAUCUCUCGUUAGUCAGGGAAUUCAAAAAUUGCCUCUUCAACCAAACAAUCCUAAGAAACAAAUAAAUUUAAAUUGUCGCGAGCUGUCAAAACAGGUUUCUUCGUCGGGAGUGCAUAGUAGUGAUAAAGAACAUGGUGCAGCCUGUGAAGUUCAACAACCUGUCGCAGAGAAUAAAAACGAUCAGGAUCAACGGUCCCAGCAUCACAGUAAUGACAUUACGGAAGGCCCAACGAGUCGACAGCUAGCUACUAGACAAGUGAUGGGGAAGGAUCUACCGAUAUUUUCCGGUAACCCGGAAGAAUGGCCUAUAUGGAUAAGCAACUUUCAACGUUCUACAACAACUUGUGGUUUUUCUGACGAUGAAAAUCUCAUCCGUCUUCAACGCUGCUUAAAGGGUCCAGCUCUUGAAGCAGUGCGCAGCCGGUUGCUUUAUCCAGCAGGGGUACCGCAUGUAAUCAAAGCUUUGCAAAUGCGGUAUGGACGUCCCGAAACACUUAUUCGUUCUAUGACUGAGCGAGUUCGACAAAUGCCACCACUGAAGGCCAACGAUCUGGAGAGCAUUAUAGAAUUCGGACUGGCAGUGGAUAAUUUAGUACAGCAUCUGGAAAAUGUGGGAUAUCAGGCUCACUUAUCUAACCCGUCUCUGUUACACGAUUUGGUGGGAAAAUUACCCGUUGACUAUCGCCUCAACUGGUCGGCAGUCAAAAGUGAAGAACCUAAUGCGGAUUUGGCUGCGUUCGGGAGGUUCAUGUCAAGUUUGGUUGAACUUGCAUACAAUGUAGCCGAUGAUUUACCAUCGUUGAAACCACAAAAAACGAAACAUCGGGAGAGGUCGUUCGUGCAGACUCACGCAGAGCCAGAAUUUACACCGAGGCGUGAACCGGUAACUAACACUUUAUCGGGGAGGCGAGCACCGAAGAGACCGUGCGCGGUUUGCAAAGCAGAAGGGCAUCGGGUGUCGGAAUGCGGAAAAUUUAAAACUAUGAACAUCGACGGGCGGUUGAAGGCAGUGCGAGAGUUUGGUCUGUGCAGAUCGUGUUUGAAUUGCCAUGGAAAAUGGCCGUGCAAGACAGCGAAAGAGUGUGGAAUCAAUGAUUGUCGGCUGAAACAUAAUCCUCUUCUACAUUCUUCAAGUGCAACCGUACAAGCAGCUGUAUCAACAAGUCAUCUUAGUCAGUUAAAGACGGUAGGCGGACCGCUUUUUAGAAUCAUUCCUGUCACGUUAUACGGAAAGAAUACUAAAGUGGACAUCUAUGCUUUCGUCGAUGAAGGAUCGCAGAUAACCUUGUUAGAGGAUUCGGUUGCAGAUCAGCUCGGUUUGGCGGGUACUUUGGAGCCACUAAACUUACAAUGGACCGGUAAUAUCAAACGCAGUGAACCAAAAUCUAGACGGAUCAGUACCGAGAUUUCAGGUACCGGAUGCACGAAGCAGUACAGACUGGGAAAUGCACGUACGGUUGGUGGACUGCUGCUUCCAUCACAAAGUAUGGACUACGACGAAAUGACAAGAAGAUAUCCGCAUUUGCGUGGUUUGCCUAUACCGAGUUAUACAAAAAUAUCACCAAAACUCUUGAUUGGUCUUGACAACUUGAAACUCACUGUACCACUGAAAAUCAGAGAAGGAAGGUGGGAAGAGCCGAUAGCUACGAAAAGUCGCAUCGGAUGGAGCAUAUACGGGUGCGCGACAGAGUCGCAAUCAAAGUAUGUCUGUGGGUUUCAUGUUGGAGGAUGGACCGAUCCAGAGCAAGAGCUCAACCAGCUAGUCCGGGAUUACAUCACACUGGACGACACUGGCAUAACAUACCCUUCUACUCCACUAGAAUCCGAAGAAGAGAAACGAGCGAGGAUAAUUAUGGAGUCCACCACGCGAAGAGUCGACGGAAGAUUCGAAACGGGUAUGCUAUGGAAGAGAGACAAGUUAAAGUUCCCGGAGAGCUUCGGAAUGGCAUAUAAACGAAUGUGUUCACUGGAGAAACGUCUUAGUAAAGAUCCUGUUCUGUAUGAUCGAGUUCGGCAGCAGAUAAUAGACUACGAGGCCAAAGGAUAUGCUCACAAAGCGACGGAAAGUGAACUGUCGACUACGGACAAGCAUCAGUGUUGGUACUUGCCAUUGGGGAUUGUCUUGAACCCAAAGAAGCCGAACAAAUUGAGGCUGAUUUGGGAUGCAGCAGCCACGGUCGACGGCGUUUCGCUCAACUCUGCAUUAUUGAAGGGACCCGACUUGCUAAAAGGUCUCCCAUCGGUUAUUAGCAAUUUUCGGUUGUAUCGUUUCGCUCUGACAGGCGAUAUCAAGGAAAUGUUCCACAGGUUCUUCAUACGGAUUCAAGAUCGUCAGUUUCUGCGCUUUCUCUUCAGGGACCGUCCAGAACAAAAACCGGUGACCUACGUCAUGGAUGUUGCCAUCUUCGGGGCUUCAUGCUCGCCGAGUUCCGCUCAAUACAUUAAAAACAUAAAUGCGAAGGAGUUUGAAGCGGAUUUCCCACGAGCAGUUACAGCCAUCGUUCAAUACCACUACGUGGAUGAUUACUUGGACAGUUUUGGAACAGCGGAGGAUGCCGUGAGGAUUGGCAAAGAGGUUAAGAAAAUUCACGCCCAGGGUGGUUUCGAAAUCCGUAACUUCUUGUCCAACGAUCCGCAUAUAGCAGCUCAAGUUGGAGAAGAGUCUACAGCCGUCGAGAAAGAUAUACGAACAGAGAAGGAUGAACGAAUCGAGUCAGUAUUGGGCAUGAAAUGGAUACCCAACAGUGAUACCUUUGUCUAUACAGUUUCCCUGCGUGACAAUUUGAAACAUGUUCUAGAAGAGUCUUACGUGCCUACCAAAAGAGAAAUCUUACGAACCGUAAUGAGUUUCUUCGAUCCAAUGGGACUGAUUUCGUUUUUCCUGAUUCAUGGAAGAAUAUUGAUGCAGGACAUAUGGGCAGCGGGUAUUGGAUGGGACGACCAGGUUAACGAAAAACUCAUGCCGAGGUGGAGAAGCUGGAUUAAUCUUGUUCCCAAGUUGAAUAGUCUGCGGAUCCCGAGAUGCUAUUUUGUGAAUGCUGUCGAGAAGACCUAUUCAUCCCUACAAGUUCACGUAUUUGUGGACGCAAGCAGGUCUGCUUAUGCCUGUGCAGUAUAUUUCCGGGUUGAAACACCGCAAGGCCCAGAUGUUCGACUUGUAGCUGCGAAGUCGAAGGUAGCGCCGUUGAAAAUGCAGACUGUUCCACGACUGGAACUACGUGCGGCUGUGCUGGGAUCCCGCCUACUUAACAGCGUAAUAUCCAUGCACGCUCUUCCCGUGACGAAGCGUGUACUAUGGUCGGAUUCCAACACCGUUCUAGCAUGGAUUAAAUCAGACCAGCGCCGAUAUCAUCAGUAUGUGGGGUUCCGAGUUGGUGAGAUAUUGACUGUGACAGAUGUUAGUGAAUGGAGGAAGAUCGGAUCGGCGAUGAACGUCGCGGAUGAUGCCACUAAAUGGGGCUCAGGGCCGAAUAUCAGCUCUGAAAGCCGAUGGUUUCGUGGACCGGAAUUUCUGAAGCAACCAGAAGAAUUAUGGCCAGGCAAGAACGCACCGAUUGCCCCCACUGAAGAAGAGCUGAUUGUUUGCAACCUACAUCAUAAUAUAUCGGACCCACUGAUCGAUGCGGAUAGAUUUAGUAGAUGGGAGAGGCUCCACAGGACUAUGGCUUAUGUGCACAGGUUCAUGCACAAUGUUAGAGUUUCGCAGCGGAAAGGAAAGCCGAUUCAUGGUUGUUUGACACAGAACGAGUUGGUGAUGGCUGAACUAUCCUUGUGGAAACAAGCACAAAAGGAGGUGUUUGCAUCGGAAAUGACUAUCCUUGAAGCGACAAGCGGAGAGCCGGAUGACCGCCAUGCAACUCUUCCCAAGGGCAGCGCAAUCUACAAAUUGUGGCCCUUCAUGGACAAAGACGGAUUAAUCCGCAAACGCAAUCGACUGAGUAACGCAGCGUGGAUACCGUACCAAACCAAGUACCCGGUAAUUUUACCCCGUAAGCAUCGAAUUACGUUCCUCCUAGUUGAUUAUUUUCACCGCCGUUUUCGGCACUGUAAUCGCGAAACAGUUGUGAAUCAAAUGAGACAACAUUACGAGAUUGCAAAAUUGAGAUCACUGAUUACAAAGGUGGCGGAAAGCUGCGUCUGGUGCAGAGUUCAUCGUGCUUGUCCGUAUUCGCCCCCCAUGGCUCCGCUGCCGAAGGUCCGACUGACUCCCUAUGUACGACCCUUCACAUACGUAGGUGUCGACUACUUUGGUCCAGUGCUAGUGAAGGUUGGUCGAAGCAACGUUAAGAGGUGGAUAGCCCUGUUCACUUGCUUGACUAUCCGAGCAGUGCAUCUGGAAGUCGUGCACAGCCUGUCAAAGGAAUCUUGUGUUAUGGCGAUAAGGAGGUUUGUGUCACGACGAGGAGCGCCGGCUGAGAUAUUCAGUGACAACGGGACAAACUUUCACGGGGCGAAUAACCAGCUGAAACGUGAAAUAGAGAAUCGUAAUGACUACUUGGCCUCGACCUUUACAAACACUACAACUCGUUGGUCAUUUAUCCCACCUGGCGCACCACACAUGGGCGGCGCGUGGGAAAGAAUGGUCCGCUCAGUGAAGACAGCAAUUGGGACCAUAUUAGAUGCACAACGGCGGCCGGAUGACGAGGUUCUGGAGACGGUAAUUAUCGAAGCGGAGGCGAUGGUAAACACAAGACCAUUGACAUACAUCCCGAUAGAAUCGGCGGAUCAAGAAGCUUUGACUCCUAAUCAUUUCAUUUUCGGAUGUUCAGACGGGGUUAAACAGGUUCCAGUACUACCUACGGAUUACCGUACAACGUUGAAUAGCGGAUGGAAGCUUGCUAAACAUUUGUCGGAUGGAAUAUGGAAGCGAUGGAUACAGGAGUACCUGCCAGUGAUAUCGAGGAGAUCAAAGUGGUUCGAAGAUGUGAAGGAGAUAGCGGAAGGAAGUCUGGUUCUGAUCGUAGAUGGUGCAGUACGAAAUCAGUGGACUAGAGGAAGAAUAGUCAAGGUCAUUCACGGAAAGGAUGGACGAGUGCGACAAGCUUGGGUGAAGACAACUAAUGGAGUCAUCCGUAGACCGGUCGUGAAGUUGGCGUUACUAGACGUCCUUGAAGUGGGUAAACCGGAAGUAGAGCAACUAAAUGGUUUACAGGCGGGGGAAUGUGACGUCGAGUACCCCUCGGCAACCAGCAUGCGAUGA